UCUAAAAUUAAAAUACUGAGCUGACGUGUUUAAGGACUUUGUUUAGGUAGGUAAGCAGGUGGUUUUAUGAGCUUGAUCAUUAUAAAUACAGCAUGAUCUCUCCAUGACUCAAGACUGCUAGAAGAAACACGUCUCAAACCGGAGCACCACUGACCAUUAUUAUGGACCUGAAACAACACCUUGAGAAGCUGGAGUGCCACUUUACUUGGGAUCUGAGUUGCAGUAAAAAUGAACUCACUGAGUUACUGAGGAACCUGCAAGAUGUGGACCAGCAAACAUGCACUUGGCUGCUUCACUAUUACAACCUGCUGGGCUACAUCCAACAGGCUCUUGGCUCCAACACAGAGGCGCUGACGUACCUGCAGAAAGCAGAAAGUGGGAUGGAGGAGCAGGAAACAGAAGAAGCUGGAGUCCGGCUGCAGGUCAACAAAGCUAACCUGGCUUGGAUCUACUUCCAUAUGGGAGACAUGGAUAAGAGCAAAGGAUACCUAGAAGAGGUGGAGAGGCUUCGGCGAAUGCAUCCUGCUCCACCUGGAUGCGCGUUACAUCCUGAAGUCAGUGGAGAAAAGGGCUGGACGCUGGUGAAGUUUGACAAGUCCAAGAAGCAUCAGGCAAUUGAUUACUUUAAGAUGGCUUUAGAAGCAGAACCAGAAAGGAAGGAAUGGCACAAAGGUCUUGCCAUAGCCGUGAGCAGGGUAUAUGUAAAUCAUAAAUGCCCUCCAGAACUUGAGGAUGAAAUUCUAAAGCAGCUGAAAACUGCACAUGAAAAUGAACCAAACAGUUUGCGUCUUCAUGCUCUUUAUUUAGAAAAACUGUCUAAGGUGCAAUCAGCAAACAUUGAGAGCGAAAUGCAAGAUUUACUAGAGAGAACUCUUGAAACCGAAAACCUGGGGGGUCUGGGUACGAUUCUCAGGUAUUAUAGAACCAUUUCUGUAGAUAAAUCUAUUGAAGUAGCAGAGAGAGCUCGAGAAAAGUUUCCCACCUCAAACAGAGUGCUGACACAUCUGGCAAAUUGCUACAAAUGGAAGGUUUACAAGAAAGACAUCACGGAAAAUGAGACUUUGGCUAAAAAAGCCAUUGAACUGUUUGAGGAGCUUGUCAGACAUUAUCCUGACUCACUGAGAGAUAAGGUAACCCUUGCAUCGCUGCACUACUAUGCACACAACAAUGAGAGAACAGAUGAGAUUUACCAGCAGCUCCUGUCAGAGAAAGAUGAUCUCCCUCCCCACAGCCAACAGUAUUUUUACUAUAGUUAUGCCUGCUAUCUAUAUAAGUGUAAACGACUUGACGAUUCAAUUAACUUUCAUAUGAAAGCAGCAGAAAUCCCAGAUAAUACAGCUGAAAGACAGAAGAGCAUAAAGAUUCUUCAAAAAAGUGGGAUGAAUCACAAAAACCGUCGCUGUGUGGAAAUACAGAAUUUUCUGAAGAAAAUUAAUAUUUGAUUAAAAUGUGCUUUGAUACAACAACCCUCAAAAAUCACUGUUACCUAUUCAGUGACGUUGUGAGGGACUGAAACCAUUUUGGACCAUAUUUUAAAAGUCAGCGACAAAUUAUCACACAGUGUCCCAUUUCACCAAUAUUGUGAACAUUUAAUCAAUGACAAAAUAAAAAAUAAAUAUAGUUUUUCUGUGUAACUAAUUUCCUGACUGACAAGUGGACAUGUCUCAAGUCUCUAAUCAACUCUCUUUAUGUCCUAUAAAAAAAUAAAAAAUAAAAAUCACUUGUUGACUGGAAAUUAGGGGGGAAAAUGACAUCAUAAACCUUUAUUGCUUAUAAUGACUGUAAUUUCCUGUUUCCUGCCUGAUGAAGAAGACAUAU